AGGAAGGAAGAAAUAUAGCUAGAUCAGCUUCUGAAUGGGGUCUUGGGGUCGGUUAUGUUAUGAUCCUAGUCUGGAGAUACUGUAUCCAAAUGCGUGAGUGCGUUUGUAGUUCUACGUUACGUGGCCCUUUGUUGCUUCAGUGGUUAUGGGAAUCACCUCGGGAGGUCAAUUCAAACGGGAGGGGACAUGCAGAAGUUACGUGAUGGAAUGGGAGAUAGAGUUUGUUGUUGCUUAUUGGGUUUUGUGGUAUAAAUACUCAUUCCCGUCCUCGAGUUCUUAGUUCUUUAAGCUUGAGUGCCAUCUUCAAAGUGCUCUCUUCGUUCAUAUCAUCUCAUCUCAUCCCAUCUCAUUCCUCCUCUCCUCCUCCUCAACCUCACCUCAUCAACUCCUCAGUCAGGAAAACCAAACUACAUCCUCAAAAUGAAGUUCUCCAUCCCCAUCCUCCUUUCCCUCUCCUCGAUCGUCCUAGCUCUUCCUCUCGCAGAGACAGAAGCACGAUCAGAAGCAGUAGCCGACAAAGCCACAACCGAUCACCUCGCAUCAACCGCGCACUUCUUCGAAGAAUCAGCCGUAGUAGCUGCAGCCGCCGCCUCAACUACACCCACUGUCGUAACAACAGAAAAUGGUCUUACAACCGAUGCUUGUAAACCGGUUAUUGUGAUUUUCGCAAGGGGUACUAAUGAAGGUAUGAUAGUCUGAGAAUUUCCUAAUUUUCUCAUCUCCUAUGCUAUGAUCUUCACCUGCUAACUAUAUAUUAGUGGGAAAUGUCGGUCAGGAUGUUGGACCAUACGUCUUUACUGAUUUGAGAGCUGCACUUACUACUGCAAAAGUAACAGUUCAAGGAGUUGAUUACGCCGCUAAUGUCCUCGGGUACGUUUUUUCCAUCCCAUCCCAAACCAUUCAAGCAAAGCAAAGCUAACCCCCGCCCAGCUACCUCGAAGGCGGCGAUCCAACCGGCUCAACCACCAUGGCCAACCUAACCAACACCGCCGCGGCGAAAUGUCCCUCUGCAAAACUCGUCUUAUCCGGCUACUCCCAAGGAGCCCAACUCCUCCACAACGCAGCCAGCACACUCUCUGCAGCUGUCACCGCCAGAAUUGCCGCCGUAGUCAUGUUCGGUGAUCCAGAUAAUGGAAAGGCGGUUGGUACUGUGCCCACUAGUAAAGUGUUGAGUAUUUGUCAUGAUCAGGAUAUUGUCUGUACGGGGUCUGGAUGGUUUACUACACGUGAGUUUUUUCUUCUUCUCGAUCGUGCUGAUUUGAGGGUUGUGUAUUUGUUUAUGCCUCUGAGAAUUUAUUUACUGACUGGUGUCUAUAUGUAGAUUUGACAUAUUCCACCAAUGCCCAGGCGGCGAGUGACUUUAUUGUUAGUGCUGUUGGUGCAGUUUAGAGGAUUCCGUUGUUGGAUUGAGGGGGGAUUGAUAGGAAUGAUGAUUUGAUGAUGAUAUCGAUACCGAAUGAAUUAAGGUCGUCUUGUUUUUGAGAAUAGACAGACGGACAGAACGAACUUUUUGUAUAUAGUAAAGUAAAGUAAAGUAAACUCAUACAAUUAAAAUUUCAAAGAUUGAUAUGAUAUGAUGGUAUAAGUUCAUUUAUUUAUUUGCAAAAAAUAAGAAAUAACUGUGUUGAAUUGCAUUGAAUUGGCUUUGAAGAUGUAGAUCUAAAUGUAAAUGUAAGUGUGAAAAUUAUAAGGUUAUAUUAUAAUUAUGGUGACUUAACUUUUCCGUUGCAAGACUUAACCUAUCUAAUCUAACCUUAGAUAUGGAAAUACUGAACACCA